GGAGGACGAGGAGGAGGACGAGGAGGAGGAGGAGGUGGAGGUGGAGGAGAGUAGAGGAGGAGUUUACGGCUUUGAAUCGAGGAUUUGAAUGGGUGGGCCAGGAGCCGGUAGGGUAACAGGGCACGAGCUAAACGCGGUGCCAAAGAGCAACGUCGGUCACGGGGAUCGGAUCCUCGUAAUCGGCGAGCCACCAGCACCAGGCUGUCCUUGUCAUUCGGCUUGUCCGGCUCGCGGUCUAGCGCAAGGCGUCGUCUCCGCCCAAUCGCCGGCCUCGCCGCCGUCUCUCACCUCGCUUCACAUUGCCAACAACAACAAUUGUUCUAUCCUUAACGGGAACAAUCGCAAUCGCAAUCGCAACCGCAACCGCAACAGCAAUACCAACAACAACAACAAGGACGAUUCGUCGAACGUUGUACCCAACGGUAGCAGUAUCAAUACCACCACCAAAGCUAAGGCAGCAGCUGCCAUGUCCUCACCACCGAAACAUCGCAGGGGCUUCGACCCUAACGAUGCUAAUGUCAACGAUUAUCGCCGCUAUCGUCGCGUUAAGACGAAACAGCGAGGCUUUGUAUGUUCCACACCGUGACCUUGGGCGCCGGACACAGACCUUCCUGACAUCUCCCGACACAUCCACCAGCACUAAAAGGCUAAUUCAAACACACACAAAGCUUGCGAUGUUCGAUGUUGGACCGCUUACAAUGGUUGUGUACCCCCCGCCAUGAAAAAAAAAAAAAAAAAAAAUAAAUAAACCAAUAAAAAAAUAAAAAAGAUCAUGCGAUUAUGAAAUAAGCAAAAAGCACGACAGUCGAAAGCAAAAAAAAAAUAAAUAAAUAAAUAAAUAAAAAGUCGAACUCUAAAGAACGUGAGAAGUAAAUCGAAUUAAAUAAGAAAAAUGAGAAAUCACCGCUUUCUUCUGCUGCGUCACGUGA